ACUCAACGGCCCCUGUUAUGGUUACAGUAGGGGCAGAUGAAUUAAGCUUACAUCCAGCUUAUGUUUGUCACUUCCAUGGAGCUGGCUUUGGCUUUGGUUUUGCCCUCAGCUUUUCCAGAACCAUCCUGAAGAAAGAGAGAGCCUAGAUUCACAGAAACAAGCCUGUGAAGUAGCAACCCAGAUGAAGGAAAAGAGAGAAGGAUGAUAGCUUCAGGGUUUUCGGACUCCACGUAACGAGCAGAAGGAUGAUCGCCCUUGGCUGACAUUGACAAGAAGAAAACAGAGGAGUCAGAAUCCUACUGGGAAUACUGGAUGCUGGCAUUCCAUCUCAACCGUCAAAUACUACAACUAGCCAGUUUCUCCGGCGGGCCGUUGCACCUUUACGCGUAUCUUACCGAGUCUCCAGCGGUCAUCCCAGUUCUCCGAGUCAGAAUCGAAGUCCUCCUUUUCCUUCUUAUAGAGAGAGAGAGAGAGAGUGCCGAGAGCAGCGAAGCAAUCAUCCUUCUCUCCCUGGGCUCAAGACGAACAAUCCUUGGCUUCUUGAAAGAAACCCUACGUGUUGAGAAGAUGGGUAAGAGGAAGACAAGGCCAAAGGUAGUUCCCAAGAAGCCCCAGCCUAAGCUGGACGUGAGCUUCACCUGCCCUUUCUGCAACCAUGACAAGAGCAUCGACUGCUCCAUGGACAUGAAACUGAAGACUGGGGAGGCCUACUGCAGGGCCUGCAAAGCAAUCUAUAUCACCUCCAUCAACCAUUUAACAGAGCCCAUCGAUAUAUAUAGUGAAUGGCUCGAUGAAUGCGAACGGGUCAACGGCAGUGAAGAUAACUCGAGAAAGAGGCCUCGCAUUGCUUAAGUUCACAAGAUUUCUAUGUUGUCUCUGAUGGAGCAUUUGUCAAUUAUUGAAACAACCUCGUCUUCUUUUGGUUGAUAAGCAUGCAAUUUUUUGAUAUUUUCUUUCUAUUUGUCAGCAACUGGUAGAAGUGUUCGAGAUGAUCAAUUUGGAAUACAAGGUGGAAAGAUGGCAAUAAUUUAACUCAAAAGAAACUCAAUGUUGUUGCUGUUUGGAGUCUGCAUAAAUGUGACUGUGGAAAUAGGAAAGUAUGCAGAAUUAAUAUC